AUGGUCAACCGCUACAUCUUCGCCGUUGCCGGCCUGGCCGCUCAGCUCAACGCUCUGCCCUUGAACAUCAACUUGGGCGCUUAUUCACCUGCCUUGGUGGUGGGUGAUGGUGAAAUUUCAUUUGGCGGUAGAAACGACGUCUCCCAGUUGAUGAACGUACUGGAGGGCGCCGCAGUUAAUGCUGCUCAAGGUGCUGCGAAUGCUCCGGCCGCCGCCCCUGCCGCUCCCGCGGCACCUGCUACCCCGGCUGCCGCCCCUCAGCAGCCUGCUCAGCAAGCCGCUGCUUCAGUCGGAGGUGCUACGCCGGUGACUGCUUCGUCCGCGGACAACCAGAUCAACGAGGCCCAAGCCAUUGCAGCCCUCCAAGGAAUGGGCAAGGAGAUCGCUCCCCGUGUGCAGCUUACCAAAGCCCGUCCCGCCGAGAAGCGCGAUCUCUCCGGUUUCGAUCGCGCCCUGAAGUACGCCGAGGUUGCCCUCACUAAGGGACCCAAGGUCCAGCUUGGCACUGGCAAGGAGGGCUCUGGUGUCGGCAUGAUCGUCGACAACAACCAGCAAGCAGCAGCUCGUCCUGGAACCGGAGGCGCCGCUGAGGCCGCACCCGCUACCCCCGCUGCACCCCGCCCUGCCGGCGCUAUUGUUGCUCAGCAGAAGGUCAAGGCCCGCUCCGACGAGGCCCAGCAGCCCCCUCGCCGCCGUGCCAAGGUCACCACCAUGUACGUUCGCUCCGGCGUUCCUGCUGGCGUCGAGAUGACCCCUGAGAAGCUCGUUGCCCGCGAUCCUUCCGUCCCUGUUUCCCAAGUCGUUCCCGCCACCAACAACAACGUCGUCAAGCGCGCAGUUGAGGAGCUUAACUCACGAGGCGUCAGCGGCGGUGCCAUUGACACCGUCAACCUGAACGUCAGCGGUGAGGGCGUCACCAUGACCUUUGUCGAGACUCAGGCCGAUGAUGUGGAGGAUGAGCAGUAG